AGAAGGUUCACAAAAAACCUGUUUUCUUGAGGAAUUACCAAGAGGAAUGUAUAUUGUUGGAAAAUAUACGGUGGAAAAUCUGAAACAUUAUGAUAAUGAAAAACAAGCAGGAGUUCGUAUAACUAUUUAUGAAUUGAAUGAAAAAGUAUCGGAUCAACUUGGAUAUGGAUCUAAUCAAUUUAUAUUUACAUCAGAUCAGACUUUACAAUAUAAAAUAUGUUUUGAAAUCCACUCAGAACUACAUCAGCAACAACAUAUUCGUCUUACUUUAGAUUUUAUAGUUGGAGAAACAGAUACAACUCAAAGAAAUGCAACGAGAAUAGUUGAAAAGAUGACUAGAACAACAAAAAGGUUAAAUCAACAAAUUUUUGAAAUUAAAUUAGCACAAAAAAUGAUGCGUGAGAAAGAAGAGGAAUUUAGGACACAAAGUGAAAUAACGAAUGGACGUGUAUUAAAAUGGGCAUUAGUUCAAUUAUCUAUUUUAUUUGCAACAUCUAUUUGGCAAACAAUUCACCUUCAAGGAUUCUUUAUUAAACAAAAACUUGUUUGAGUCUAAAAAAAUUUAUUAUAACCCUUAGACAGGAUCUCUUUUG